AGACGCCCAGCGAGUACGAGCUGCAGCGGCGGCAGCAGGAGGAGGAGCUGCAGACGCGCUACCGCAGCGACCCCAACCUGGCGCGCUACCCGGUCAAGCCGCAGCCGUACGAGGAGCAGAUGCGCAUGCACGCCGAGGUGUCGCGCUUCCGCCACGAGCGGCGCCACAGCGACGUCUCGCUGGCCUACACCGAGCUGGACGAUCCGCUGAGGGGCCCCGGGGCCCCCGGGGGCCCGCAGCCGCACCCCUACGGGCCCCGCGUCGGCGGCGGCCCCGGGGACGGCCAUCUGCGACCGCCCUCGUCCGGCCAGCAGCAGCAGCAGCACCUGGAGCCCGGCUCGGCCAUGCGGCGGACCAAGCGGGAGAAGAUGGAGAGCAUGCUGCGCAACGACUCGCUCAGCUCGGACCAGUCGGAGACGGUGCGGCCGCCGCCCCCGCGCCCGCACAAGAGCAAGCGAGGGGGCGGGAUGCGGCAGGUGUCGCUCAGCAGCUCCGAGGAGGAGCUGGCCACCACGCCCGAGUACACCAGCUGCGAGGACGUGGAGAUCGAGAGCGAGUCCAUCAGCGAGAAAGGAGACUUGGAUGGCCACUGGUGGGACCACGCGACGUGGCACAGCAACGAGGCUUCCUCAAUGUCUUUGCACCCAGUGACUUGGCAGCCGUCCAAAGACGGGGAGCGUCUGAUCGGGAGGAUCCUGCUCAACAAGCGCAUGAAGGACGGGACAGUGCCCCGAGACUCUGGAGCGCUGCUGGGUCUUAAGGUGGUGGGAGGCAAGAUGACAGAAUCAGGUAGACUAUGCGCUUUCAUCACCAAAGUGAGGAAAGGAAGCUUAGCGGACACCGUUGGUCACCUGAGACCAGGUGACCAGGUUCUGGAGUGGAACGGCAGGAUAUUACAAGGAGCCACUUUUAAAGAAGUUUACAAUAUCAUUCUAGAAUCAAAGCCCGAGCCUCAGGUGGAACUAGUGGUCUCGCGACCCAUUGGAGAUAUUCCAAGGAUACCAGACAGCACACACGCACAACUGGAAUCAAGUUCGAGCUCGUUCGAGUCGCAGAAGAUGGACCGGCCCUCCAUCUCCGUCACGUCUCCCAUGAGCUCUGGGAUGCUGCGAGACGCCCCUCAGUACUUGUCUGGACAGCUCUCAAGCCAAAGCCUUAGUAGAAGAAGUUCGCCUUUUGCCCCUAGGGUGCAGGUAAAACUCUGGUAUGACAAAGUGGGCCACCAGCUCAUCGUCACCAUCUUGGGAGCCAAGGAUCUUCCUCCCAGGGAGGACGGUCGGCCCAGGAACCCCUACGUCAAAAUCUACUUUCUCCCCGACAGAAGCGACAAAAGCAAAAGAAGAACAAAAACGGUAAAGAAAUCUUUAGAGCCCAAGUGGAACCAGACCUUUAUGUACUCGCCCGUGCACCGGCGGGAGUUCAGGGAGCGCAUGCUGGAGGUCACGCUGUGGGACCAGGCCCGCGUGCGCGAGGAGGAGAGCCAGUUCCUGGGAGAGAUCCUGAUCGAGCUGGAGACGGCGCUGAUGGACGACGAGCCGCACUGGUACAAGCUGCAGACGCACGACGCCUCGUCCAUGCCCCUGCCCAACCCCUCGCCCCACCUGCAGCGCCGCGCGCUACACGGGGACAGCCCCACGCGCCGACUCCAGAGGUCACAGCGAAUCAGUGACAGUGAGAUCUCAGACUACGACUGCGAGGAUGGUGUUGGAGUUGUAUCAGACUACAGGCAAAAUGGCAGGGACCACCACCAGAGCUCCACCCUGUCCGUACCUGACCAGGUGAUGUCAUCCAACCACGUCUCGCGCUCGGCUGACAUGAACCGGGCGCGCUCGCGCUCUCCCAGCGUGCCUCCACCUCAGAGGGCUCACCCCCGCAGUGGAUCGGUCCAAACGAGCCCCAGCAGUACGCCCAUGUCCACCAGAAGAGGACGGCAACUACCACAACUGCCUGCCAAGGGGACGCUGGACAGAAAGGACGGAGAAGAGGACGUAGAGCCCUGUCCAGGAGACAUGGACUCACCCAGUCGGACAAACUCAGGUGCGAUGGACGUGGAGGAGCGCACGCGGCAGAUGAAGCUCAAGAUGAACAAGUACAAGCAGGGCACCGGCUCCGACUCACGGCUGGAGCAAGACUACCACAAGCGACGGGACCCCGGGCGGGGCACGGACAACCUCUCGGCCAAGUCGUCGGACAGCGAUGUAAGCGACGUGUCCGCUGUGUCGCGGGGCAGCAGUGCCUCACGUUUCAGCAGCACGAGCUACAUGUCUGUCCAGUCGGAACGGCCGCGAGGCAGCCGUAAGAUCAGGCAGACGGGCACGACGGGCAGCAUGAACAUGACCAAGAGCACCAGCAUCGGCGGCGACAUGUGCAACAUGGAGAAGACGGACGGCAGCCAGUCGGACACGGCGGUCAGCCUGGUGGGCACCGACGACAAGAAGCGGCGCUCCAGCAUCGGCGCCAAGGUCUCGGCCAUCGUGGGCAUGUCGCGCAAGAGCCGCAGCACGUCACAGCUCAGCCAGACAGCAGGGGGUAAGAAGCUGCGCAGCACCAUCCAGAGAAGUACGGAGACGGGGCUGGCCGUGGAGAUGAGGAGUAGGAUGACCCGGCAGGCCAGCAGGGAGUCCACCGACGGCAGCAUGAACAGCUACAGCUCGGAGGGAAACCUCAUCUUCCCUGGCGUGAGGCUCUCGUCCGACAGCCAGUUCAGUGACUUCCUGGAUGGGCUGGGUCCCGCUCAGCUGGUUGGACGGCAGACGUUGGCCACGCCCCCAAUGGGUGAUAUUCAGAUUGGAAUGGUCGAGAAGAAAGGCGCCCUUGAGGUGGAGAUAAUCCGAGCCCGUGGCCUUGUGGGAAAACCAGGUUCAAAAGCACUGCCAGCCCCCUAUGUGAAGGUGUACCUGCUGGACAACGGAGCCUGCAUCGCCAAAAAGAAAACUAAAGUAGCCCGAAAAACACUGGACCCCCUUUACCAGCAACAACUGUCAUUCGAAGAGAGUCCAAGCGGCAAGGUUUUACAGGUCAUUGUCUGGGGAGAUUACGGGCGCAUGGACCACAAAUCCUUCAUGGGAGCCGUUCAGAUACUCCUAGACGAGCUGGACUUGUCCAACAUGGUGAUUGGCUGGUUCAAGCUCUUCCCUCCCUCCUCACUGGUGGACCCGACGUUGGCCCCGUUGACUCGAAGAGCUUCUCAAUCCUCAUUGGACAGUUCGUCUUUCGGUCGCUCGUAGCAGUGCGCGCUAAAGAAGGUAGCGUUGUUGUAGCAAGCCAGAGAGGGUGGAGCAUAAGAAUUUUGCGACAGGUCACAUCCCCCCCGGUUACACUGCAUGCUUGAUGUUGUGUCUUCUGAGCCUGUUUCUUAAGGGGUAAAAAACAGUGGUCCUGUGUUAAAUCGCAAAAUAAAAAAUAAAAAAUUCAUCGCACACAUUGUGUGAUUGAAGAGCGAGACCCCUUCACCGUCAUUCCGUUGGUGGGUGCAGGGGUCACUGGCAAACGGAGGAAACAGGAAGUGGACUCCUGUAGCUGAAGGUAUCCCACAAUUCCUGGCUUCUUGUCCUCUUCAAGCCAUGAGGGGUAGAUGAGAACCGCUGACGCGUUGCUGAGUUUUACAGAAGGCCGUUGUGUGUUUUUUUCUCUCUUUUUUUUAAACAAGGAGAAAAAAAUUGUUAGGUCUUAUUUGUUCAUUUUUAUUUUCUUGUUAUUUGUCUUUUUUAUUAUUAUUUCCGAUAUGGGUGAGCUAAAUGGGGUAACAGUGUUCCAGACUGGAGGCUCGGUCAUGCCAUUCCACCAGCCUUCAGCUGCGUUGACUGACCAGGGGGAGGACGAGAGGAUGGGAUCGACGAAAGAUGUCCAGAGAGUGAACGGCCCUGACAUUUCCAACCCUGCCUCCCCCUGAAAUGUACACCGCCCCAAGUCCACCAGAGAGACUUGAAAAAAAAAGUUCGAAAAGGCAAUACAAAGAUGGCGACCAUGAACUCUCCUGAAUAGUAGGACUUGACAACCCAGACAUGAACUUUUGUGAUCCAAUUGAACUGUUUCUCUGUUGAUAUAUUGUAUGAAAUUUAAAUGAGGAAAAAAAUGAUUUUUUUGCAUGGACACAAAUUUAGCUGAACUUUAAAAGUAAAAAAAAAUAUUUUCUUGAGGCUGCAACUUGCAAAAAAGAAAAUAAAAAAACACAAGACAGAACAGCCAUUUUCAACCGUUUAUAUUAUUUUUAAAGAUAAAUUUCACUAGUGCAUGGUUUUCAAGGGGAGUGAAUGCAACAGCGUGAUUACAGAAAAAAAGAUACCUUGUUUAUCGUCCUUUAGAAAUCCUGGUCUGUAUUUUUACAGACGUGCAGUUGACAUGCAGUCUAAAAGGAAAAUACGUUCGGGUUAUUUACAGUAACAAGUCAAAUCCUGUUUAUGUGACAGAAGUAAGUAAAAAAAAUAAAUGUUUUAUUAUUUCUUUUAUUGUAAAGGCACAGGCCUUUUGAGGAUGAACAUGAUGUGCAAAUUGUACGCCCCCCUCCCCCCUCCCAUCCUGUUUCCCAGAGUAACCAUUGUACUCACUGCAACUGUUGUCGCCCAGCCCCGUCCCCACUCCCUUCCGUCCGACCCCCCCGCCCCCUCACCCUGAUUUCAUUCUGAUGAUUCCGAGCAGACAGUCUAUUUUACGCUGCUCCGUAAGGUUUUAAAAAUCUGUAUUUGGGAUUUGAUUUGUUUAAAAACAAGCAUGUUGAAAAGGAUUUUCUGCAACAUGGCUUGGGCUCACCUAACAGUAACUCAGCAUGUUUUGAUAAAGAUGAUAUUUGGGGAUUUGAGGAAAAAAAUGCAGUUUCUUGUACAGUGCAUGUCAACAAUGUUUUGUUUCUCCCUCACCUGAAAUUGAACUCAAAAAUUAGGUAAUGGAAAUCAGCUCUUGAACAUGAUCUGAGAAAUAAACAGAUCGGCAAAAGUUUUUUUUUAUUAUGAUUAUGAUUAUUAUUAUUUAUUUAUUUUCAAAGAAACAUUCCACCUCCUAAACUUUGUUCGACAGUUUUGAAAAAAGACAGGUCAAAUCUUUUUAAAUCCCAGUGGUGGUUGACAUGAAGUGCUUUUUGGUUGCAUGUUUAUUUUGUUUCAGUAUUUUAACAAAAAAGGUUUUUACUCGGAUAUAUGGCGGCACAGACGCCAACCAUGGGGCCCUGCUGCUGACCUUUCUCGGCCUUGUUGGUGAAGCCGUGACUAAAUCGCUCGCGAAGGGAAAUGACCUUUAGGAUAUUGCCACAAAAAAAUAGUUUUGUUCUGUUUUGUUUUGAGAAAAAGCGUAAAAUAAAUUCAUUUAAUAUAUUUUUGUUAAUUUAAUUAUAAGCCAAGACCAAUUAUUUUUCAUUUUUGCUAUUUUUUGUAAUUAUAAAUAGUGUAUCUGGGAGGUAUCAGAAUCGUAUAGCUUCAAUGUCUGAAUGACAAUAUAUUGAGACAUUAUUCCUUUUCCAUUUAAACAAAAUUAUAUAUUUUAGUUUUCAUUCUAUAUCUUGUUGCUGUAACAAGCUAUUCAUUUCCUUUCUGAAUUGCAUUGUACAUACUAGGUGUCCAAUUUCCUGGAAUUUGAGUAAAAUGAAUAAGCAUAAAUAGACAAAACAUACAUUAAGAUCUUUCUGGAACAGGGAUAAUGUCUCUAAUUGAUGGCAAAGACAUGUUACUGACCCUUUUUGAAUGCCUUCUCUCUUUUUUUCUGGUGCAAUGUGUUCAUGCCAAGGCUAUGUCUUGGUGAAGUAUGGUUGAGUACAGAGAUUUAUGUAAGUUAUUUUUCAAAUUAAAAAAAUAAAAAAUGGAUAUAACACUG